GAUCAAAUCCACAUCGGCGCAACCAACGAAAAGCACGCGAUUCUUACCCCGUCCGGCAGCCAUCAACGCCCCCGGUGGGAUGUGCCUGUCGCCGCUGGUGGCGCCCCUGCUCCUGUCCGGAGCGCCCCUCCCCUCUUCUUGCCGCUGUGUUUUCUACGGUUUCUUGGCCGUUGGGUCGCGUCAAAAAUCUAAUCUUGUAUCUCUCUCGACUAUCUGACACCGGCUUUCUUGACUAACCGGAGGCGGAAUUUCGCGACCUGGGUUUGGCUGCCUUGUCUUCUUCCUCUCGAUCGGUACAUGCCCGAUUGCCCGGUAGUUGAUCCCUUCUCUUCUCUUCCCUCGUUUGGUGCUAAAAAAAGGCCCCUCUUUCCCUUGGUUCUUGGUUUCUUGGAGGUCGUCACCUUCUUCUCAUUGCGUUGAUUGUCUUCGGCGCGUCGUCAACGCGACGACUCUAGUGGGUAGCCUGGCGCUCGGUUGGUGGAGCGAUUUGACUCAUUGGCGCAUCGGCAUUGGUCACCAUGGGCGGCGUGUGCUCGGCGGGGAUCACCGGGGACAAGUCGCCGACGGAGCUCUCGUUCCGGGCGAUGGGGUUUGUGGUGGAGCAGGAGUUCAAGGCCUUCUCGACCGCCGGCAAGAACAAGACCGCGCCCGUCGAGGAGGCGGUGGAGCCUGACCAGGUGAGCGAUCAGUCAGCUCGUCUAUCUGAGAAGGGUUCGCCGCCGUCGUCCACGGGCGGUAAGGCUCGCCACUCGGUCUCGAAGGAACCACAUUUGACGCGUGCCCCGUCGAGGAAGGUGAUAGCCGGGAAGCCCAGGAGAAGCACCUCCGGCAAGGCUGGUCCUAGCAAGGUUUCAGACAUAGGCUUAGUGUUUGGUAGAAAGAGUACCUCUGGACUUGGGAAAGCAGUGGAGGUUCUAGAUAAUCUGAGUAGCAGCAUGUCAAAUUUGAGCCCUGGAGGGGGUUUUGUGUCAGGAGCGACGACAAAAGGGAAUAAAAUAUCAAUCCUCGCAUUUGAGGUUGCAAACACAAUAGUAAAGGGCAUGAGCCUCAUGCAGUCUUUGUCCAAAGAAAGCCUGAAGUAUUGGAAGGACACCGUCCUCCGAUCAGAAGGUGUAGAGCGUUUAGUUUCAAGCGACACAGAAUAUCUGAUGAGGAUCGCUGCAGCUGACAAGAGGCAAGAGCUGAGAGUAUUUUCACGAGAAGUGAUAAGAUUUGGUAAUCGCUGCAAAGAUUCUCAGUGGCACAACCUAGAUCGCUAUUUCUCCAAGCUAGAGUCAGAAAUUACACCCCAACCAGAAUUAAAAGAAAUUGCAAAAGCAGAGAUGCAGCAACUGAUGACCCUUGUUCGAUACACUGGUGAUCUCUACCAUGAAUUACAUGCAUUGGAUAGAUUUCAGCAAGAUUAUCGCCGUAAAUUGGAGGAAGAGAAAAGUUCAGUUACAUUUCAAAGAGGGGACACUGUUCAGAUUAUAAAACAAGAACUGAAGAGCCAAAGGAAGCAUGUACAUAAUUUGAAGAAAAAGUCUCUUUGGUCUAAGAUACUUGACGAUGUCAUGGAUAAGCUUGUAGAUAUCGUCCACUUCUUACAUGUCGAGAUUCAAGAUGCUUUUGGGCCUUGUGAUGGAGUUCUAAAGACAAAUGAAUCUUCAGAGAGCCAUCAAACAUUAGGGUCAGCUGGCCUCUCGCUUCAUUAUGCUAAUAUCAUUUCUCAGAUUGACAAUAUUGUUUCCCGAAGCUCUGUUCCCCCACAAAGUACAAGAGAUGCGCUCUAUCAUGGACUGCCCCCAAAUGUUAAGACUGCUCUUCGGACACGAUUGCUAACUUGUGCAGAAUCUCAAGAGCUUCCGAUCACUCAUAUCAGAUCCUCGAUGGAGAAGACAUUGCAAUGGAUUGUCCCAGUUGCUAAUAAUACGGCCAGAGCACACCAUGGAUUCGGAUGGGUUGGCGAGUGGGCGAACACAGGGACUGAUCUCUCACGAAAACAGCCUGGCCAGCCCGACGUGCUCAAGAUCGAGACUCUUUAUCACGCAGACAAAGAGAAGACAGACGCAUGCAUAUUGGAUUUGGUGGUGUGGCUCCACUGCCUGAUCAGCUACAGCAGGCCAAACAAAGGGGGCAGGUCACCGAGCAGAUCCGCUGUCUGCUCGCCUGUGCAGCCAAGACAUGCGGCCUCGCGGUCUCCAGUCUCGGCAGCAUCCAGCAGCUCGAUCGUCCUCACCAGAGAAGACCGGGAGAUGCUGCAGGAUGUGUACAUGAGGCGGCGCUCACCUGGGAGGAGCAAGAGCCAGGAGCUGUCGACCUGCAAAUCGGCACUGAACAAGAACGACAGGCUGAGCAAGAGCAGCAACCAUUCUCCAUCGCGGGAGAACGGCGGAGUCUUCCCUCUGACGACGAGUAGGUCUCCUGCCGUGUCACCUGUUUUCGGUUUCGACAUCGACCGGAUCAGGGCGCUAGACCUGAUCGACAGAGUGGGUUCGCAGAAGCAACUGUGAGACCUCUAUCUACUCUGGGCACUGUGAGUUUUGUUCAACGCAGUGAAACGAGCAUUGGAGCGGAAGAUACAGAGAUUCAGGCGUUAUCAUGCCGGCGCAGCCCAGCAGCUGGUGUAUGCAUGCGUCUUUGUGCUUAUUGGUGUGUGGUGUGAGUGUAUUAUCGGUGUGCACUGUGAAUGUGAUAGGGCAAACAUAAAAAGAGAGAGGUGAGAUUUAGGUAUCAGAGACCAUGAUCUCAUGAGUGAUCGUGUUGAUCAGCAGAUUAGCAUACAUAAUGCCUGCAGGAACACUGCCGGCACAUUCAUAGUGUAA